AUGGUUCGCCCUCUAAUCUGGGGAUGCAUGGGAGCAUGGCUUGCAACGGUGGCUAGCGGCGAUUUCGUCUCGACCAACUACCGCAGAUACAACGAGGGCGCGCUGGGCCACCGGCCGCAUCUGGAGUUUCACUCGAGCAGCGAGUACGCUCCCGUGCUGCAGGUCAACGUCUGGGACGCCGAGAACAUCUCCGACACGGGCUCACACAUCUUCCUCCGCCACGACGGCAACGACUCCUCGCCGCUCGCCUCGCCGCUCAUACUCGACAGCCAUGACCUCAGCGCAGUGUACCUGAACCGCUCGUUCAAGAAUGUGUUCGGCACCCGGGUGCAGGAGAACCACGGCAAGAGGUACCUGACCUUCUGGGGCGGGGAGAAGGGCGACGGCAUCGGCGACGGCUACGGCCUGGCGUUCGACGAGACCUACCGCCUGGCCUACAAGAUCUCGGCCCAAAACCUCCAGGUCCACAGCGACCUGCACGAGUUUGCCUUCACCGGAAACGGCACGGCGCUGGUCACCGGAGUCGACAAGAUCCGCGCGCGGCGGUCCAACCUGCAGGACGGUUGGGGCACGCCCGAGCGGUUCGAGGUGCUGGAUGCCGUCUUCCAGGAGAUCGACCUCGAGACCAACGAGGUGCUUUUCGACUGGCGGGCCCUGGAUCAUAUCAACCCGAUGGAGUCGUUCGAGCCCAGGGGGAGCGGGUGGGAUGCGUACCAUCUCAACAGUAUUCAGAAGACGCAAGCCGGCAACUACCUCAUCUCAAUCCGACACAUGCACGCCAUCUACCUGAUCUCGGGCACGACCGGCUCGAUCCUGUGGUCUCUAGGCGGCCCGCGCAACAACUUCAUCGAACUCCCGCCGGCCGCGGGCGUAGACGAAUCCACCGCCCAACCCAUCUUAACCAUGGGCUGGCAGCACCACGCGCGCUUCGUGCCGGGCACGAACGAAACCCAACUGACCUUCUUUGACAACCACGUGAAAGUCACCUCGCACGGGACGUGCGACACCGAGUGCUCGCGGGGCCUGCACAUCGCCAUCAACACCACCGCCUCCCCGCCGACCGUGCAACUCCUCAACGAGUUCCGGCAUCCGUCGCGCCUCCAGGCCCAGAGCCAGGGCAGCGUGCAGCCGCUGGCCCCGCAGCCGGACGACCUUGGCAACGUCUUCAUCGGCUGGGGCCGGUGUCCCUCGUUCACGGAGCACACCGCCUCCGGCGCGACGGUGCUGGACGUCCAGUUCUCGCCCUGGCACAGCCCGGAGAUCCCGGACGCGCUGGACAAUUACCGCGCCUACAAGGUGGAUUGGUCCGCCACGCCGUGGUGGGAUCCCGCGAUUGCCCCGCGGAAGGAUUCGCAGGGAAGAUUGGUCGUCUACGUCAGCUGGAACGGGGCCACCGAGGUGAAGACGUGGGUGGUGCGCGGCGCCGCCUGGGAUCUGGCCGCGGCGGACCGAAAGGGUCAGAUUCUGGCGACCUCGCGGCGGACCGGGUUCGAGACUAAGUUGGUCGUGGGGAGCACAGAGUGGCGGUACCUGUGGGCGGAGGCGGUUGAUGAUCGCGGGAAUGUGCUUGCGGCGACGGAGAUUGUCGACUUGAACACGACGGAGUUGUCCGUCGCCGUGGACGUGUACGAUGAGUCGGGAACCGCGGAGCUCUUCGAUCCGCCGCGCCCCGAGAAGAAAAGAUCGGAUCCGGGGCUGUCGAAGGUCAUGGUGGCUUUGCUGGCCACCGGCGUGGGUGUGUUCGUUCUGGGGGCCCUCGCGGCGGCGUUCGUCUGGUGGCGGCGGUGCAGAGACUAUCAGAGUCUGGAAGCGGCGGACUUUGAUCUGGACGUGGGGCCGGAACACGAGUAUAGUAGUGAUGGGGAGGGUGAGGAGGGCAGCGACGCCGGCGGGGAGGGUAAGGAGUUACGGUCGCCGGGGUUGGAUGAGGACAGUCGUGCGCUUCUUCCCAAGGGAGGUUGA